AUGGGUUUAGGCGCAGCUGGAGUCGUCGCGGGAUCUAUCGCAUCGGGCUCUCAAGGCGGUCUCAUUGUUUUCUUCACAGUAACUCCAUUAGUUAUUUCUUUUAUGCGUCGCCGCUUAACUACCAAGGAACUUACUCAGGAUUCUAAUAAUUUCUUCUUAACUUUCUCCGGAAGAUAA